AUGUUUAAACUGUGUUAAAUACAGAACUAUAAUAAUCAUUUCAUUAAUCUUUUAACUUCAAAAAUUAAUUAAUUUUUAUAAGUAAAAUCAAAAAGAAAUUUUUUUUAAUUUGGAUUUUAAUUAUGCAGAAGAAAUCCAUCAUGUUUAAAGAAAAAUAAUCAUUUCUUAGAAAUUGUAUCAUACAUAUAAAAGUUCUUUAAAAUAAAUAAAAAUUAAAUAAUUAAAUUAGUAGAGUUAAAUAGAGAGCCAUUUACAAUAGCUUAUAAUCAAUUAAUACUCUCAAAUUAAUAAAUCAAUAAAUUAUUAAAUAGACUUUGCAGUAUGUUGAAACAAUUCAUCUCCUAGAAUGAAGACAAUAGAACUGCUAUUUAAGGAAUGUUAAGAAUAAUACUUUAUUCUAUAUAGGAUAAAGUAAAAAAAUGGGUUUUAAAUGUAGCAAUGAAUAAUUCGAUAUCAUUAAGAAAAAGGAUUACUUAAAUAUGGAUAAUUUCAAGUUUUCUGAUCGUGAUUAAAUCAAUCAAGUUGAAAUGAUUACUGAAUAUCAUAAUAUAUAUCCUAUCAUAUUCCAUCCUAAUCAAAGAAGUAAUUUCAAUUAAAUAAGCUCAUUAUCUUUAUUUUAGAGAAUGAAAGAAAUUAAUGAUGAUUUUUUGUCCUACAAAAUUCCCUAAUAAUUUAAAAGCACUUUCUGA